UCCCUUGCGGGGAACCUUUCCCUGCACAUUGGAAAUAAUAAAAAGUAAGGCAGUAGCAGUCCAGCAACGUUCUACACUUCGAAGGAACUUAACCUCAAAUACGGAAGACCCGCGUGUUCGUCGCACAAUCAAACAUGGUGCUUGGAAAGGAAGAGUCUUUGUCCAAGCUCAUCUUAAACUUUGGUGCAAACACGCGUAAAAUGGCAAAGUCCAAAAAAACAAAGGGCUAUCUCGGAGCCAGGCGCAGUCUGCUGUCGGAGUAUUGGUCGCGCUACCACGCUAUUCGCGACGAUCUUGGUGCGCUGGCGGUCACUGAUGCUAAUGCAGCAGCGGUGCGUGACGCGCUGUCCGAUGAGCACUUUGCAGCUAUUGAAGGAGCAUAUUGCGAAGCAAUGGGUGAACUCAACGAUGCAAGUGCACCACUCACAAUUCUUCCAAAAAUCGAGUUGCCGAAGUUCGAUGGGUCUUUUGAAAAGUGGCUAAGCUUUAAGGACAUGUUCACUACGUGCGUGAUCAAAGAUACGACACUCUCCAACGUGCAACGAAUGCACUAUCUCAAAAGCAGCGUACAGGGCGAGCCGGAGGUUAUGCUCCGGAGUUUUUCGGUUAUAGACGCUAAUUUUAUAAUCGCGUGGGACCUACUCCAACAAAGGUAUGACAACAGACGACGACUUGUGAAGUCAUACUUGCGAAACAUUGUCAAGUUGGCGGCAAUGCCCAUAGAAUCCGAAACGAGUCUGCGAAAACUGUUGGACACCGUGACUGAGUCAAUGCGUGCGUUACAACAGCUUGGCCGUCCAACAGCUCAGUGGGAUGAUUGGCUAAUUUUUCUAAUCACCGAAAAGCUCGAUUCUGCCACAGUUAAAGAAUGGGAGAUGAGUCUUGGUAGUCCAAAUGAGCUGCCUGCUUACAGCGAUUUAGUCUCGUUUCUAGAAAAACGCAUUCUUGGAUUGGAAGCAGUGGGGGCAGCUGCCAAGAAUAAAUCGAAAGAUUUUUCACAAAAAUCACCACACAAUCAAGCUGUGCGAAGUCACCAAACGAGCUUUGGCCGAUGCUCAUGCUGUUCGGGUAAGCAUACGCUUAUGCCACACUCUUGA